AUCAAUAUGUAGGUCGAAAAAUAAGAAAUGUGUCUAUUAGACAUAUUGGAAAAUUGCCUGUGUCCUCAAGUGGUUAAAUAGGUUUCCAACCACAACAAAAAGCUCCAAAGUGUAUCAAAAUAAAAUAAAAUAAAAUUGGAUACACAACAUACUCCAUUUUCGUCAUGAUGAUCAGUCCAGAUUGGAGGCACCACAAAAGUCAGGUUUCGAGAAAGAACUCCGACAAAAUGGCUGCCUAGUAGGAGUGCGGACAAAGAAAGGUAGAUGACGUGACUAAAAUGGAGGCUGCUCUAGCAGCUCGGUCCAGUCACCUCAACAACAUCAGUCUAGACUACAGCAACCCCCCAGGUCUCCGACAAAAUGGUCGCCCGUAGUGCAGACUCCACCCAGCAGCCAUAGUGUAGGCGUUUGUAUACGUUGCUACAGUAACGGCCGGGCUGACAGCACCUGACUGCGGCUAGGAAUGGCUGAAAUAUUGAAGAAAUCCCUUGCUAUGAAAGGUCUGAAAUCUGCAAUGGAGACUUCAAGUUCCAGGACAAUAGAACCCGGUUUAUUAAUUGAGACAGAAUACAUCAAGAAUCUUCAGAAACAAGUGUACCUUCUGGAACUGGAGACAUCCUUCUUAAGGAAUAAGGCACGAGAAGCCACAAGCAACCAUCCGAGACUUUCGUCAAAAGCUGAACAGAUGAUUGCAGAAGUAAAAGACUUGCAGUCUCAGAUUAACACCUUGAAGGUGGAGCUGGGUAUGAAAGAAGCCACUAUCAAUACAAUGAAAGGAGAGGUGGAGUCCCAGCACAAGCACCUGCGGGACAUCUCAGAUGCCAACGCGAGAGAGAAGAGUGUCCUGGUGGAGAGUGUGACACAACUAAAGAAGCUGGCAGAUGUUUCUGUACAAGAUCUCGUCCAUAAAGAAGAGGAACAGAAGAGCAUUCUUUAUCAACUGCACAGCGCCAUUCAUAGUGUGAAGGAGAAAGACCGAGACCUCCGCCUCCUGAAAACACAACUUCAGGAACAAAUAAAGCAGCAGGAAGCUGUGGAAGAACAGUUGUCGGAGAAGAGAUCAGAACACCUGUCAUUACAGGCUGCCGUACAUCAACUAGAGGAGCAGUAUUUGACCACUGCUCAAUCUGUUCAGGAGCGGAUUGUGUCUGAGCUUCGAAAAGAGGCAGAAAAGUUACGGAUUCAGCUAAAAGAAAAGCAGCUUUCAGCAGAUGAGGAUAAAUACCUGCGGAACAAAAUGAUGGAAGACUGUGCACGUCUUACCAGAGGAAAUGGCCACCUGCAGUCUAGAGUCCUGGAAGCUACUAAGCAGCUGGAAGAGGAACGAACACUCAGAGAACAAGAAAGUUUGAAUCGUACAAAAAGAAUUUCUGAGAUAACAUCAGGAAAGGAGAAUGAGAGACAUCUAGAGUUAACACUAUCGCAUUGGAAGAGACUCGUGCACGAUGAGAAGGAAAAAGUUGCUGCAGCACAGGAACAGGUGCUGCAACUACAGCGAGGCAGGAAAUCUGUAGAGAUGACUGGAAGUUCACUUCACAAGCAGUUGACAGAUUUACAGAACAAACACUCCAAGGUUCAGCAGGAAAACUCCCUCUUGCGUGUAGAGAAGAACCAUUUGGUUGAGCACAUCUCUCAGCUACAUAAACAGGUACGUGCUCAGAGCGUGCACACUUCAUAUUCACCGGGCACACAAUGGGUGGGGGGGGGGAGUACUGCUUACUAUGUGUGA